AUGCCAGUGGGAAACGUCAGCUUUGUAAAGGAUUUUGUCAUAAUCGGGUUUCCGCCUCAUUACUAUGGCCUUUUAUCAGCACUCCUGUUUUUUGUUUAUGUGUUUACAAUGGUUGGGAAUGCUGUAUUUUUUACAUUGUUUGUAAUGACUAAGAGCCUUCAGAAGCCUGUAUAUUAUUUCAUUAUAAAUCUUGUUGUGUGUGAUGUACUAUUCAGCACCACUACAUUGCCAAAGAUAAUUAGCAGGUAUUGGUUCCAAGAUGGGACCAUUUCAUUCUUGGGUUGCUUUAUUCAGAUGUUUUUUGUGCACUAUUUUGGCUCAGUCACUGCACGUUUGUUGGCAGUAAUGGCUAUAGAUCGCUAUGCAGCAAUCUGUUUCCCAUUUCGUUAUCAUAGUAUCAUGACAAACAGAAAUGUACUCCUUUUGAUUCUGGGCUCUUGGAUGUUGGGUUUGGUAGGCCCUUUGAUGAUGGUCAUUCGAGCUUACCCUCUCCCUUAUUGUGCAAGUAACACCAUUGUGCACUGUUACUGUGAUCAUAUUGCCAUCACAACACUGGCAUGCACAGACAGAGAAGAAUAUAGUUAUCCAGCAUUCAUUCAUGCUAUGAUAGUACUACUGGGUUCUCUUGCUGUUAUUGUUUUCUCUUACUGCGCCAUCAUUGUGGUAGUUCUGCGUAUAUAUAGCGCUCAAGGAAGGAUGAAGACUUUCUCCACCUGCAGUCCUCAGCUCAUCAUAAUUGCUCUUUUUUUCCUACCCAGGUGUUUUAAUUAUUUAUCAAGCAAUAUUAAUAUAAAGUUCAGUACUGAUUUGCGAUUAGUCAUUAUUAUGAUGUAUAGUCUGCUACCACCCAUGAUCAACCCCCUCAUUUAUUGUUUGAGAACAGAUGAGGUAAAGAAGGCAAUUCAGCAGAGAUGGAACCAAGUCACACAUGUGCAAGUCUCAAGUAAGUCUCAACAAGUCUAA